GCUGUAAAAAACAUGAUCUUAGUAACUGACCGCGCGAUUUGAACUGAAACGUUUAGAAUAGAAUAUUUAAAGCUGGUGCAAAGUGCGCUUUGUUUAGAAUUACAUUGAAAAGUGAAAGUGUGAAAGUGAAUGUGCGAAAAUAGAUUUUUAAUAAAUAUAUAAAAAUGGCAAGAAUCACUGAAUUCCGUUUUGUGACAUUUGUCUACACAUUUCUAAUGUUUUGUUGCUGUUGUAAUAAUGUACUUGGCAAUAGUGACGAAUACUUCUCAUCUGUGGCGGGUCUAGAAAAAUUGCUUACUGUCGAACACGACAUUUUGGACGAUCUGCAGAAUUACAUCGAUUCACUGCAAAAACACAUUGACUGGAUGCAAAGUGAAGUGAACUCCAUUCGAUCGGAGCACCAAGCCGCUGCGGAUGAUGUCGAUGGGUACCUCAGUAAUCCAGUAAACGCUUAUCGUCUUAUCAAGCGUCUGCAUAGUGACUGGAGUGCCAUUGAAGACACCAUUCGCGCAGAUCCCAGUCGAACCCAUUUCCUUGAGAUCAUGGAAGCGAAUCGGCUAAAAUCAGACUUUCCCAGCAAGGAGGAUGUUAUUGGAUCGGCGGUAGCAUUAGCACGACUACAGGACACCUACAAAUUGGAUGUUGCAGAACUGGCGAGUGGCAUUUUGAACGGAAUUAAAUACGGUCCAUCAAUGACAUGGCAAGAUUGUUUUCUUCUCGGUCAUCAUUUAUACGAAAUGUCCGAUUUCAAUCACACAGUCCCUUGGCUAAAGCACUCGGUUCAAUUACUCAAGAACGAAGAGGCUACCAAAGAUUCGUUAACGCUGGACUUCUUAGAAACGGUGGUAGCUUAUUAUCAGGAAAUGGGCGACUUCGAGACAGCUUUGGAAUUGGUAAAUUACAUAUUGGCCACUGAUGGGGCGCGUGAAAAGUUGACAGUUACAAAACUUUAUUUGGAGCGCAUGAUUAGUGAUGGCAUUAAGAUUGGACUGAUGCAUGAAACGGUGUCGCGUGCUGGCGAUUAUCACCUCACGAAUGACUUCAAGCGUUACGAGCAAGUUUGCCGAGGUGAAUUAUUGCUCACUGCCGCCGAAGAGCGACCUCUGCGAUGUCGCUUUGACAGUAACAAUGUGCCGUAUCGCUUGCUACAACCUUUCAAAGUAGAGGAACUCUCACUGGACCCAAGAAUAGUACAAAUACAUGAAGUUAUUUCUGAAGGUGAUACUAGCGCUGUAAAGCAAAUGGCUAAAACGCGCAUGUCUCGCUCGCAGGUGCGGAAUGUCGAUGAAGCCGCUGGGAUGACUGCAAAUUAUCGCAUCAGCAAAAGCGCCUGGUUUUCGUAUGAGGAAAGUAGGCACAUGCGGAAAAUGCUGAGUUACAUGGGCGAUCUCUCUGGGUUGAAUAUGGCGUAUGCUGAGCAUCUGCAAGUGGCCAACUAUGGCAUUGGAGGGCACUAUGAACCGCAUUUUGAUUUUUUUACAGAAAAUCAUUCUUUCAAGGCAUCCGAAGGGAAUCGCAUUGCCACUGGUAUAUUUUACUUAUCGGAUGUUGAGGAAGGAGGUGGCACGGCAUUUCCUUACCUGCGCUUACUUGUGAAACCACAGCGCGGAAGUGUGCUUUUCUGGUAUAAUUUGCAUCGAUCUGAGGAGCCGGAUUAUCGCACGCGACACGCUGCCUGCCCAGUGUUGAAGGGCUCGAAAUGGAUCGGUAAUAUUUGGGUGCGUGUGCGGCAUCAAGACCUAGAACGACCCUGUGAUCUUUGGCCUGAUCAUGAAGCUUCACUCAAAUAUAAAGAUUUGAAUUGAGGAAAGUAUUAUAAAUAUUUAGGCCCCUUAAAUUGUAUGAUAUUUGGAUAAAAGUGUUUGUGAUGUUAUUGUUAUU